UUUGCAAGCAUUAGAUGAUGGGAGUUGAAAUCCAGCAACAUUUGGAGGGCCAAAGGUUACCCACAGUUGAUCUGUUGAAACUUCUCUGAAGAGUCCAAGGCAUCAUCUGACUGAAGAACAAAAGCAGCUUCCCAUUUGUGUCUACCUGUUGAAUUGUGUAUAUCUGGUAGAUUUGCACUUUCUCAAAGGAAACUAGGCCUCUGCAGCAACUGGAUUCAUGAAAACUGUUAGGGAGAAACGUAGAGAUCAACCUCAAAAGCCUGUUUUUGUUGGGAGGACUGGAUUUCAUUAAUUUAUGAGAAAAGGUCCAGCCAGCAAUGCCGGACGGACUUCCGAACAAGCUCUAUCUGAUUAAUGCGAUACGUUUAUCUUUUCUUCAAAGAGAAAACGGACUAACAGGCAAGCACCCUUCUUUCUAUUAUUUUUUUUACUUGGUUUAAAUUGUUGCAGCAAAAAGAGAUUUGUCAAAUGUAUCAGCUUUAAAGAACUUCUGGGUGAGCUAUAACUCUUCUCUGUUAUUCACGAAAUUAACAGCUUAUCUCUGUUUCUAUUGCAAAAAGCUGUCCUGGAAGUGCAUUCUAAAGAUAUAAACAGAAGAGGGAUUUCUAUUCCGAGGAACAUUAUAUUGUCUGGGACUAUUCUCUUUUUGGUCUAUUUUAUUUUGACGAAUCUGCUUCUUCACGACGCCACUAACUGUUUUGAUGCUGGGAACUAAAUUUGUUUUGUGUUCUUGAACAUAGAGAGAUAAGGCAGGCUGCUCUGUUUAUACUGUGAUGUCAUCAAGCCUGGAAUAUUAACCCAAUUGUUGCUGAAAUAAGAAGUGGUUCUUUAUUUUUGUUUUGUUUUGUUUUCGUGGUUUUAAAAAUGGCAAUCAAGAAAGUGGCUGAGAAUCUGGAAGUAAUUAUGUUUCAGAAAAUAAUGAAACAAACCCUGCGACAGGGCAGUAAGGAGCUGAAAAUUGAACUGAGCAAAAUGACGCAGGAGCUUAAAGAAAUAGGGGAUCCUGUGAGAGAGGAGAAUGAGAUCAGAGAUGAGAAAAGAAAAAAUAAAGGGAAGAUACAAGCCCUGGAGAUUGGAACAAAUGUGGAAUUGGAAAAAGAUCUGGAGUUUAUGGAUAUUAGAAAUAAAAUCUACUGUUUGGAAUUUAACGUUAUCUCUGAAGAAAUUAAUGAAGAUAUUAGAGAUAAAGUUAUCAAUGGCUUGGAUAAUCUUCUGGACUGGAAUGACGUGAUGGAGCUUGAUAUAGAGAAAAUCUAUGGAAUUAACUGCAGCCAUGUGACAAUGGAAAAACUCUCAAGAGAUGAGCCAGUGCAUUUUGUAAAAAAGAAGAACAGAGAUAUGACUUUACAACAAUAUUUCAGCAACUUAUUCAGAAUUGAUGGCAAGAAAAUAUUUGGGAUAGAGGAAAUUCCCAUCAGACUCUUAUUAUAUGACUAUGGCUAUGACAGCAAGAUUAUUAUGGAAUACUGAUAAUGGAAGAUUGGACACUGAAAUUACUGGACUUAACAGGACUAUUGAAGAUGGAAGAUGGAAUUAAUAUGGAUAAUGGAAUAAUGGCUAUUGAAAUUAUUGGACCUAACAGAUUUUGAUGAGAUGGAUUAAUCGAUAUGUUUAUUUGGACUAUGGUUAUGACAAUAAGAUUAUUAUUAUUGAGAUGGAUUAAUCGACAUGUUUAUUUGGAGAAAAAUUGAUAGAUAUAUUUCUUAAAGAAUUGAAACCUCUCUUUGACUUUUUGUGGAAAGAAUAAAGUAAUGUUUAUGAGAUUUGAUGAUUAAUUAAGAUAAC